AUGGCCCUCCGCCCAUCUGGCCACCCGGGCCGCUCCCCACGAGUGUGUAAUGGCCACAACUCCGACAUACUUGGGCCGCGGAAUGCGCUCAUGACACUUCCACUCGCUCCCGCCUCGUCGCCGGCCGGCUCGAUGGCGCGGGAAAGGCCGCGCGGCGGGGAAGCAAAUGGGGAGAGGAAGUCGGAGCCACCGCGAAAUAUCCUCCCGCGACCUCUGGGGGAAACAAACACAGAGGCGGCCGCUAUCUCGGACUCGACGAGCAUGCAAAGCAGCCGCGAGAGUGAGGCGAGACAGGCUAAUAAAGGAACUGGCCCUUUGCACCUCCCUCAGGCACCUGUCAUGCACCUCCCUCAGGCACCUGUCAUGCACCUCCCUCAGGCACCUGUCAUGCACCUCCCUCAGGCACCUGUCAUGCACCUCCCUCAGGCACCUGUCAUGCACCUCCCUCAGGCACCUGUCAUGCACCUCCCUCAGGCACCUGUCAUGCACCUCCCUCGGGCACCUGUCAUGCACCUCCCUCAGGCACCUGUCAUGCACCUCCCUCAGGCACCUGUCAUGCAUCUCCCUAGGGCACCUGUCAUGCACCUCCCUCAGGCACCUGUCAUGCACCUCCCUCAGGCACCUGUCAUGCAUCUCCCUUGGGCACCUGUCAUGCAUUUCCCUCAGGCACCUGUCAUGCACCUCCCUCGGGCACCUGUCAUGCAUCUCCCUCAGGCACCUGUCAUGCAUCUCCCUCAGGCACCUGUCAUGCAUCUCCCUCAGGCACCUGUCAUGCACUUCCCUCAGGCACCUGUCAUGCACCUCCCUCAGGCACCUGUCAUGCACCUCCCUCAGGCACCUCUCGUGCACCUCCCUCAGGCAUCUGUCAGCCACCUCUCAAGGAAGCUACUAUUUAUAUUCCCUCUCUAUGCCUGA